UUUUGGGUCCUUGGCUCCCUCGGGUGAUAUCCGAUCUCCAAAUCGGGAAGAUGGAGAGUUCAGGGGGAUCGGGCGAUUGUGGAGUGGGGCUGGGGCUCGGGGUGGGAUCCAUCGUCUGGGUCCGCCGCAGGAACGGCUCGUGGUGGCCUGGCAAGAUACUCGGCCCCGACGAGCUCUCCACUGCUCACCUCACGUCCCCCCGGGCCGGCACUCCCGUCAAGCUCCUCGGAAGAGAAGACGCCAGUGUGGAUUGGUACAAUCUGGAGAAAUCUAAGCGGGUGAAAGCUUUCAGGUGUGGUGAAUUUGAUGAGUGCAUUGAGAGGGCAGAAUCCUCUCAGGGCAUGCCAAUUAAGAAAAGAGAGAAAUAUGCUCGUAGAGAAGAUGCCAUCCUCCAUGCGCUUGAACUUGAGAAGGAAAUGCUGAAGAAGCAAGGGAAAUUUGAUAUUGAGUCUAAGUUUGUGGGAGGUAAUUCACCCACUUCUGCCAAAAAGGGUUUAAUUGCAUCUUCAGAAAUCCUGGAAAAUGGCAAUGAUGAGCUUGAAAAUCCUGUGUCACCUCAUUUUACCCGGAGAUUGGGAGUCUCGGCUAAAGACAACUUUAUGAGUGGUUCUUCAUUAUUCCUAGAAGACAAGGUUGGAGAGGAGGUUAGGCAGGACGAUGGUCUUCCAGAAGGUGUACCCAGGAUGAGAGGCUUGCAAGAUUUCGGCCUGAAGAUUGCCCCCUCAAAGCGUAAGCAUUCAAUGACGUGGAAACCUAAGACGGUGAAUCGUGAUGCUCAUGCUCAGUCAGAAUCUGAGGAGGUGGGUGUUUUCCGAGCAAAAAGGAGCAAAAUUGUGUACUUUCCCACGGGCCUUUCUGAUUCUCUGGAUGAUAAAGAAACUCCCCGUGGCAGAACGGAGAUUUUGCCUUCUGUUUUGCGAGAGGGUAGCCGUGAUGCUAAUCUGAUGGCACAGGGUACCUCCGGGAUCUCUGAAUCUUCUGAUACGGGUUCUACGGAAUCUGAUUUAUCUGAUUCAGAGUCAGAUUCUUCAGAAACUGAAGAGGAUGCUGAUGAAGAGACAACUUCUUUUUCAGAACCAGAACGGGGUCCUUUUGGAAUACAUGAGGCACGAGUACAGCAUGAUAGCAUGAGCAGUGAGGAGCCGGAAGACUCGGCUUUUUCUGGCGAUACUUCUCAUUUGUUUCCCCGAGAUACUAUCUCUGCUAAUGAAGCUGUGUCCAAAUGGCAAUUGAAAGGGAAAAGGAAUAUUCGCAACGUUGCUAAGAGGCAUUCAGAUGCUACAGAGGGAACACCUUCUGAUGGAAGGAGAGUCAGUUCUAGGCGAAGGGCACCCAUAUGGAGAUCUGGUGAGUAUAGAAAUUAUGACUUCACUUUUGAUGACGAUGAUGAAGAGAAGGAUCUCGAGAAUGAGGUCUUUGGUUUGGAUCAUGAAUACAUAUUGACCCCUAGAGCUGCAUCUAGAGAUCGAGGUUUCCGCAGUUGGAGCAUGGUUGGUUUUGAAGACAUGUAUUGCGAAGGGGAACGCUAUAAUCCUGUCUUGGUUGGCCAACAUCAAUUAGGUGGGAACGGUAGAGGCAUGUUGGUAGAAGUGGAUUUAAAAGUCCAUGUUACCUACCAAAAAGGACGGGUGCCAAUCAUUUCCAUGACUAGCAAGUUAAAUGGCAACUCAAUUAUUGGGCACUCAAUCCAAAUAGAAGCAAUAGAAGAUGGUUCGACUGAGCAUCUUUUACCUGCAAAUUAUGACGAUGACGAUGGAGCAAUUGACUCUAAUGGCAUAACGACAGUUCCAUCAGCAUGGAAGACCGCUAGGAGGACAGCUAAUUUUCGAAUCCCACGUCCUCAUCGAUCAUCAGCAUUUGAUGGUUGUGAAGAUGGGGGAGAGUCUCUCCUUUUUGGUCAGGAAGGAAGAUCACAGAAGAAUGUAAGUGCAGGAAAUUUCGGUCGCAAAGGUGUCCUCGUGAGGAAGGCCUUCCCUCAGGUUCCUCCGCCUCAGUCUGAUAAGAAACUUUCAGGAAAAUCUUCCAAGAGAGCAGGCUUGUCAUCUAGCCAGAAAAUAAGAACGCUAUCUUCGAUUGCUCUUGAGCCAAAUCUAGGUAACAAGUCCAUGCAUGAUAGCUUCGACUCUGCCAUUGUUGGAAUAAUUAAGCCGAAUUCAUCGGGACCAACCACAGUAGCUUGCAUACCUGUAAAAUUAGUAUAUAGUAGGUUACUUGAGAAGAUUAAUAGGCCGCCAUCUAAAGCAGUUAUGAAUGCAGUUCGAUUCAAUGGUGAAACAGAGAAAAGCGGAUCAUAGGUACUUGUAUAUUGCGUAUUUUCAGGUGCAAUAUCUAUACCCUAACAGAGUUUUUAUUGUUUUC